GCUGCUGCCCGAGGCGCCCCGAUGGUGCUGGGGCUACGGCGGGGAGCGCCGGGCAACUUGGGGGAAGUUCUGAGCCGGGCGGUGCUGGGAUGGCUGGAGAAGGCCACAUUUUGCAGUUGAGCUGAGGGACGUGUGAAGCAUCAUAGAAUCAUCCAUCCCCUGCUGACAUUUGAGAAUUAGAGGUAUGGAUCUUCGGCAUCUGCUGUUUACUUUGGCACUGGUCUGUGCAAAUGACUCACUUUCUGCAAGUGAUGAUCUUCUGCAGUGGCCACAAAUCAGCAAGUGCAGAUCACCUGAGCUGGAGACAUUUUCAUGUUAUUGGACUGAUGGAAACCUCACUACUUCAGGAACAAUACAACUGUUGUAUAUGAAAAGGAAUGAUGAAGACUGGAAAGAAUGCCCUGAUUAUAUCACUGCAGGAGAAAAUAGCUGUUACUUCAACACAUCCUACACCUCGAUUUGGAUACCGUAUUGUGUUAAGCUUGCCAAUAAAGAUGAAGUAUUCGAUGAAAAAUGUUUCAGUGUUGAUGAAAUAGUACUACCUGAUCCCCCUGUGCAUCUUAACUGGACUCUGCUAAAUACUAGUCAAACUGGGAUCCAUGGGGAUAUUCAAGUACGAUGGGAUCCACCACCAACAGCAGAUGUUCAGAAAGGAUGGAUUACUCUGGAGUAUGAAUUGCAGUACAAAGAAGUUAAUGAGACAAAAUGGAAGGAGUUAGAACCCAGGCUCUCAACAGUGGUUCCACUGUAUUCUCUGAAGAUGGGACGAGAUUAUGAGGUUCGAGUCCGAUCCAGACAGCGUACCUCCGAAAAGUUUGGGGAGUUCAGCGAAAUCCUCUAUGUUUCCUUUACUCAAGCAGGCAUUGAAUUUGUUCAUUGUGUUGAAGAAAUCGAGUUUCCCUGGUUCUUAGUAGUUGCCUUCGGAGUGUGUGGGCUGGCCAUAACAGCGAUCUUAAUCCUGCUGUCUAAACAGCCAAGGCUAAAAAUGCUGAUUUUUCCUCCUGUACCAGUUCCAAAGAUUAAAGGGAUUGACCCAGAUCUCUUGAAGAAAGGAAAGCUAGAUGAAGUGAACUCCAUCUUAGCCAGCCAUGACAACUACAAGACACAGCUAUACAAUGAUGACUUGUGGGUUGAGUUUAUUGAAUUAGACAUAGAUGACUCCGAUGAAAAGAACAGAGUCUCAGAUACUGACAGGCUCCUGAGUGAUGAUCAUCUGAAAUCACACAGUUGCUUGGGAGCAAAGGAUGAUGAUUCUGGACGUGCCAGUUGUUGUGAACCAGAUAUUCCAGAGACAGACUUCAGUGCAAGUGACACAUGUGAUGCCAUCUCUGACAUUGAUCAGUUCAAGAAGGUAACAGAAAAGGAAGGGGAUCUCUUGUGCCUUCAUAGGAAAGAUGAUGAUGAGGCACUUCGAAGUCUUGCCAACACAGAUACCCAACAGCCACCUACUAGUACUCAGUCUGAAAGCAGAGAGUCAUGGCCUCCUUUUGCAGAGAGCACUGACUCAGCUAGUCCAUCAGUCCAAACUCAGCUAAGUAACCAGAAUUCUCUGACAAACACUGACUUCUAUGCUCAAGUGAGUGAUAUUACUCCAGCUGGAAGUGUUGUACUUUCUCCAGGGCAGAAAUCCAAGGUGGGGAGAGCGCAAUGCGAAGGCUGCACAGAACAAAACUUCACCAUGGACAAUGCCUAUUUCUGCGAGGCAGAUGUGAAAAAAUGUAUUGCUGUGAUUUCCCAGGAAGAGGAUGAGUCACGUGUUCAGGAGCAAAGCUGUAAUGAGGACACUUACUUCACCACAGAAAGCCUUACCACUACUGGUAUCAGUCUUGGAGCUUCAAUGGCAGAAACCCCAAGUAUGGAAAUGCCUGUCCCAGACUACACUUCUAUUCAUAUAGUUCACUCUCCACAAGGCCUUGUGCUCAAUGCAACUGCACUGCCUGUGCCAGAGAAAGAAUUUAACAUGUCUUGCGGCUAUGUGAGCACAGACCAGCUGAACAAAAUCAUGCCGUAGCAAUUCUUUGACUAGAUGUGUGCAGUAUUUCACAGCAGAGGGUCAGCUUGGGCUUUUGUGCUGAAACCAAAAUGAAGUCUAAACAUUUGUUGUGGUUCUUAAAAGUUUAUCUCAAAUGUUGAAGCAUAAAAUAUUCAUCAUAAUAUUCCUCUUGUUCUGUAAAUAUUAUCUAUGAAUUUGUCUUGAGACUGCUUAACUAGCCGUGACUGUCUUGUUCUUGUGGGUGUUGAUUUUUGUGAUACUAAACAUUGAAAUGACUAUGUUUAAUGUACAGUAAAUCACGCUUUUUGUAAAGCUAAAAAUCAGGUGGUCUAAAAUCUGAGAAUUUAGUAAAAUCGUGCAGUUGACAGAGAUCUUUCUAUCAAUAAUUGGGAACUGAGCAUGAGGGUGAAAAAAUCCACAGAAGUAGUUUGAAAAAAGCAUCUAUUUUGAUCCAUAUAAAUUAAUAAAAUAUAUUUUAAUACUUCAGGCACAAAAGCGUAGAUGUUUUAUAUUACACUACAUGAUGUAGUUUAAUUACAAUGGCCCAUCCAAGGAAUGUAAGAGCUGCAGUCUUGAAAAAAAGUUUUCUGUUUCAUAAAAGUUUUGUUUGCAGCAAAAAUUAAAGAUAGAUUUUACAGAGCCAUUUUAUACCUCUAAAGAAAUCUGUUGAGAAAUUUUGAAAUAUUUUAGGAGCUUAGAGUGAUUGAUCCUAUUGCUUUCUUAUGGUAACUAGUAUAGAAAUAGACAUGAAAUUUAAAGUUUUUGUAGAAAACUUUAAACUAUACAAAAUAUUUGGACAAAAAUUUCUGUUAUUCAUCAAAUUCUGGUUAAUGAUAAUAUACUUUUUUAAAGCAAGAUUUCAGUGACCACAGUAUUAAGGAGUAUGGAAGUACACUUUCACUGAAAAUUUGUGAAAACACAUGAAUAAGCUCUGGUGAUUUAGUAGCAUAAUCUUUUCAUAUUUGACCAACUUCUGAAGCCCUCCGAUGGACAAAGCUACCACAGCAGUUAUUAGACUAACACAUGAAGUAUUGAUUAAGAAAAUAAGGACUUCAGGAUUUGGCCAGCGGUUGAUUUUUUAAGCUAUAAAUAGAUUUAAAGUCUUCAGUGGAACACAGGAAUUUAAUACAGUGUUGUUAAAAAGGAUUUGUCCUCUUUGCCUACAGUAUCUCCUCUGACUGCGCUAGGCAGACUUAGGAAAGAAAAGUUAUGAGAAAACCAAAACCAAGUGGGAAAGUUCUCUUUAUUUUUAAGUAUAUAAAGAACUUGACAGAGCUUUGCAAUGAGUUUUUAUUGCUUCAGAAGAUACCUUACUAGACUAUAGCUCCAUCACAGCAGGGUUCUUCUGAUAAAGCAAAUGGGGAUGUUCAUUGCCUUUCUCUGACAUGAACACAAGUGUAUGACGUGCCGUGAAUGCAGAUCUUGCUCAUGAUGUCUCCCACUGAACUCACUGAUGCUCUCUUUGUGACCAAGGGCUACAGGACUGAGCCCAACUAUUGGGUGGGAUUUUUACGUUUAGAACGUACUUAUGGUAAAUGUGCAUUAGGUAUUCUGCUAAUUUGCUGCUAUAUUUUUCUAACAGCUACAUUAUUUAGUUUCAUAUAAAAUUUCAUAGAUGAUAGACACUAAUGCAAGUAAAGCCUAUGUGUGUUCGGAAGAAGUUUCUUACUCUGUUUCUAUUGCAAAAAAUAGUUAAAUACCUCAAUCAAACUCAGAAUGUUGUUUUGGUACUUUACUGGUCACACAAGCCAUUAUUCGCCGGUCAGAAGAUGUGUCUUUCAGUUUCUAUUUAACUUUCCUUAUGUCAGUGUUUUGUUUGUUUUCCUCAAAGUUUAAUAAAUGUAUUGUCUUUGA